GUUAGAGACUCGUCAUAUGUUGUUUGUGUUUUUGGAUUAUGUACUUGGGUUUAAUACUAUGUUAUAUGUUUAUUGAUCGAACCAUGGGUUUGGACAAUUUAUUUUGAGGAACAAGUUAGUUUCAAAGGUACUCCCUCUGUAAACAAUGUAAGAUGUUUUUGCUAUUCAAAUAUUUAGAAACAUUGGUACCACAUGCAUGUGCCCAACAAUUUUCUGCGAAAGCAUGCAUACAAGUUUGCAAAUAUGCAUCAUUUCGUACAAAUUUGUUCCAAUCAUCUUCGUUGUACUAUACACCAGCCCUUCGCAUACCAUUUGUAUUUUCUUAUGCCCUAUAUCCUUAAUCUACCCCUUUGUCAACGGAAAGAAACAUGAGAAAAUGUGCUGCCGCAUGUCUCUCAUCUAAAUCUGAAAAUCUCUCUCGUCUCAGGCUCACCUACUGCCUCCAACUAUAUAUAAACCCGGGUACCCUCACUUAUCUCCUCGACUCUACUGUGCGCUGUCUACUCCACAUCAACCUAAAACCCGCACAAUCGAACACCCCAACAAAAACAAAAGAAAGAAGAGCUUCUAGCUAGUUCGAGCAUCAACCAAUGGUGGGCUUGGCCAAGAUCGCCAUGGAAUGUCUCCAAGAUCCACUGAGCUGGCUGUUCGUUGCCUCGGUGGUCAUCGUGCUGCUGCAGCGGCGGCAGCGAGGCAAGGCGCCGCCGCUGCCUCCGGGGCCAUAUGCGCUGCCGGUCGUCGGCAACAUGUUAAUGAUGGACCAGCUGACCCACCGGGGCCUCCUGGAGCUGGCGAAGCGGUACGGCGGCCUGCUCCACCUCCGCCUCGGCAAGCUCCACGCCAUCGCCGUGUCGACGCCGGAGUACGCUCAGGAGGUGCUCCAGGCGCAGGAUGGCGCCUUCUCGAACCGGCCGGCGACCAUCGCAAGCACCUACCUCACCUACAACCGUGCCGACAUGGCGUUCGCGCACUGUGGGCCCUUCUGGCGCCAGAUGCGCAAGCUGUGCGUGACGAAGCUCUUCAGCCGGCGCCGCGCGGGGACGUGGCUUGCCGUGCGCGACGAGUCCGCGGCCCUCGUCCGCGCCGUGGCCGGGCGGAGCGGCGAGUCCGUGAACCUCGGCGAGCUCAUCCUUAACCUCACCAAGAACGUCACCUUCCGCGCGGCGUUCGGCACUGCCGGAGACGGCGACGGCGGGAAGCAGGACGAGUUCAUCGCCAUCAUCAAGGAGUUCUCCCAGCUCUUCGGCGCAUUCAGCAUCGGCGACUUUAUCCCAUGGCUCCGCUGGGCGGACACGCAGGGCAUCAACGUGCGCCUCCGCGCUGCACGCGCCGCCCUCGACGAGUUCAUUGACAAGAUCAUCGACGAGCACAUGAAGAGGGGCAAGCACCCCGACGACGUCGACGCCGACAUGGUGGACGGCAUGCUCGCGUUCCUCCCUGAGGCGAAACCGAAGAUGGCCGUUGCCGACGGCAGGGACGACCUGCACAACACGCUCCGCCUCACCCGUGACAAUAUCAAGGCCAUCAUCAUGGAUGUGAUGUUUGGCGGGACGGAGACAGUGGCGACGGCGGUCGAGUGGGCAAUGGCGGAGAUGAUGCACAACCCCAACGACCUUCUGCGGCUGCAAAAGGAGAUCACCAACAUAGUGGGUCUUGACCGGAACGUGGAUGAUUCAGACCUCGACAAGCUCCCCUUCCUCAAGUGCAUCGUCAAGGAGACACUCCGACUGCACCCGCCAUUCCCGCUGCUCCACCACGAGACCGCCGAGGACUGUGUUGUUGGUGGCUACUCCGUGCCCCAAGGCUCCCGUGUCAUGAUCAACGUCUUCGCCAUUGGCCGCGAUGCCAAGGCAUGGAAGGACGCCGACACAUUCCGGCCAUCACGGUUUAUGCCGGGUGAAGGGGAGGCCACCGGGGUCGACUUCAAGGGUGGGUGCUUCGCAUUCCUGCCGUUUGGAUCUGGCCGCCGCUCGUGUCCUGGAAUGGCAUUGGGCCUAUACUCGCUUGAGCUCAUCGUCGCGCAGCUCGCCCAUGGUUUCAGCUGGGCAUUGCCUGAUGGCAUGAAGCCAUCAGAUCUCGACAUGGACGACAUCUUCGGCUUCACUGCACCACGUGCCACCAGGCUGUGCGUUGUGCCCACCCCACGACUUGUCUGUCGUUUCAUCACUGAUCUGGACUCCACAUGUCAGACGACGUCGUUCGUCAGUGUAGGUGGUAUUUGACUGAGAGGUUGUCAUGGCGUCAUUGUAAGUGUUGGUGGUUUUGUCUCGCAUUAUUUCCUUUUGUCUUGUAAGCCUACAGAACAAGAAUAAUGGGAUUCCCGGGCCUUCUUUGUGCAUCCUUAAGUUACAAAUAAGCAUCUGGUGAUGUUCUAUGAUUAAGUACACAAACUUUAAUUUCCUACC